AUGAGUUUACCCCGAUUCCUUCGAGGCCUCCAAAAGAAGCCAGCAAUACCUGUUCACCCUGACCCCAAUCUCUCCGACUCCAGUUCAUCGUCCUCUUCCAGUGAACCCAAAGAUGCACUCGGGUUCCCCAUCCCUGUCUACACCGUCAUCACCCCUACUACAACAUCUACAACGACUUCUGGAAACGACAACAAUAGCAGCAAUCCAGGACCGAUGGAUAUUGUCACCCCUAAUUAUCGACUCUCGGCAGCCUCAGUGGUUUCCUCGGCAAGUUCCUUGGUAGCAGCAGACGCAGACUCGAGCUUCUUUACCCCGACCAUUUCUGUCGUCCCUUCUGGGAGUCAAUUGGUGACCAACGACAAUAACAAAAAAAACACUAACAACAAUAAGGCCUGGAGCAGAUCUUCUCGGUCUUCGUCCGUCUCCUCAGUCAACUCUUCCUCCUUCCACCACCGACCCGCUGGUUCCACAACAACCACGACGACCGUCGCGGCCAAGGACAACGCUCAGUUGAUGUCUAAAUCUUUCCCCUCAACCUCCCCCCUAUUCCUGUCUCCUCCUCCUUCUACGACUCUCCCCUCUAUCCCUGUCCUUACUUCAACAGCAACAGUGUCGACACCGACGGUCAACCUGACGUCGCCUAGCCAAACCCGCCCACCUCAGAUCAUAUACCCACCCAGCACCUCCUCCUCAGUCACCAAUACCACUACCGCAGUUACCACAGAAACCGCAACAACAGAAACCGCAACAACAGAAACCGCAACAGCCAAGCCGACAAAGACAACGAUGGGGUUUGAUAUUGUGGUCUCGUAUGUUGAGGACCAGACGGAUAGUGGUAGUAGCAGUGGUGCAUCGAGCAAGAGAAAUUCUCGUUCGAUGACGAUUGCAAGCGACAUAGGUGGGUUUGGUGGCGUCAAUCAAAUGCAGCAAUUUACAGGAGCAGGAGGGUCUGAAGCAGAAGCAGGGGGAGUUGGAGAUGGCGUCAAAAAAGGCGGUAAAACCGGGCGAAUCCGAUCCAAUGCGAUUGCCCAGCAGCAACCACACCAACAGCAGUUGCAGCCACUACCACAACAACAACAACAACAACAACAACAACAGCCUCUUGAAGGUGACGACUACCAUGCGAAACGAACUUCUGCGACUUCUUCAACUUCUUCGUCUUCCUCUUCCUUGUCCUCCUUCUCGAACAACACGGGCCCAGACGGAGACUCGGCGGCGGAGGCAGGAGCAGCGGUGAUUCAACGUGGACCCCACUGGGGUAAUAACUCUGAUCUGGAACAGCCACCUGAGACCUUGCCUCGCGAUCUGGUUGGUGCAUCCGUUGUCGUCCAGGAACGUACAGCCAGGAAGCCGAAGCACAACAGCGACAACGGCAAUAGCAAAUCGACGACGAUAUCUUCUACACGCUCAAGAUCAUCAUCGACUCCUGCUGCCGGUGAGCCUGUGUCAUCUUCCUCUUCCUCCUCCUCCGUUUCGGCAACAGGAUCUGGUUCAAAUUCAAUGGCAGCAUCUCGACCCGUCUCUAUCCUGAAGCAUACUCAGCCACUCCCGCCACAAGCGCAGCAGCGACCCAAGUCGAUCCUACGUAUGCGAUCAGGAAGUCACCCGUUGCUCCCAGCCACUUCGCGUCCUGUGUCAAUGUCAUUCUCUGAACCAACCAGCCCACAACACUCGCCGACCAAGAGCACGUUCCCUCCGACAGCGCGUCUUUCAAUCACAUCGGACACUUCGUCCUUGUCUCGAUCUUCUUCUUUCCUUCAACAGGAUCCUAUGGAGCAGCAGCCUUCGCCAAUCAUUGGGGCUGUGAAUACGACGACAACAUCAUCAGCGACAGCUGCUAAGAAUGGUAGCAGGAGGGGUAGUGCUCAGUCGUCGCAUCGUCGACUCUCUUCCAAGGAUCUGGAGGGCACUCGUUCAGCUAGCAGUAGUAGCAUCUUGGGUACUGCAGCAGGCACCUGGGAAGCCAUGUUGUCGUUGACGCCCUGA